AUGAAACAUAGUCAACCUAGUAAAGAAGAUUUAUUAAAAGAAGAAUAUGUGACAACUCUGACUUACUUUUUACGUGAUAGUAGUGUUUAUGAUUGUUUAUCAAUAAAUAAUCAAGUUUCUGUUGUUGAUAUGAAUUUGUCUCUUUUUGAUACUUUCAAGAUAUUUAUUGAUUCUCAUGUUGAUGAAGUUUUAUUUUGGAAUCAAGAGAUAGCUAAUUAUGAUGGAGUAUUUACAUAGACAGAUUUAAUCAAGACUGUUUUAAAAUGUUAUUAUAAUGUUCUAUAUGAUAUUCCAAAUAGUAAUUUAAUAUGAGUUUAUUUUUAGAUAGUUUGGACGACAAAUAAUAUAACAGCCAUUAUUGAAAUAGAGAAUGAAGAGGAGUCUUAUUCACCAAUCAAAAGAACCAUAUUUGGUAGAUUAACAAUAGAUUAAUUCAAUUAAUUAUUAUAAGACUUCAAGAAUAUAUCUAUUAAAGCUUGGUUUAAUAGUAUUGGAGAAAAUCUACAUUAGAAUUGUUUAAUAAAAGCAGAAUUAGAUGAAAAUUUGAAUGAUGUGUGUUAAAAAUUUAUUACAGAAAAUAUUACUAGAAUCAUUGUCAUAGAAAAAGAAUCAAAAAUGAUUUCAGGAAUUAUUUAAUAAAAAGAUAUACUUAGUUUCCUAGUUAAAGGAUUUAGUUAAUAUUUUGCAUUAAAAAAACAUUAAAAUAAAACAACAAAUACAAAUCAUCAUCAUGAAUAGCAUGAAUUAUAAAUGGAAUAUUUCAAAGAUGAAGUAACAAAAUUAUAAUAUACAUUACCUGCACAUAUACCUGUUUAUGAGUAUUAAUUUUGAAUUGUAUUAUUAGUCUAUUUUAUAAAUUAAUUUACAUUUACAAAAGGAAUACAAUAGCCAUAGUAGAUUAAAAUAAUAAAUAUUUGGGGUUGAUUGAUAGAAGAGAUUUCUUAUUUAUUUUAAAAUAUUAGAUGUUUGAUAUAGUAAUUAUAAUAAUAUAUGAUUAAAUAGUUAGCAUCUACAACAGAGAAGUUUUUAUCAUUAAUUAAAACUGAAGAUUCUAAAUAUUUGGCAUAUUAUAUUAGAAAUAAAUAAUAAUUCUCAUUUAAUCAAACCAUAAAAUAAGUAAAUUAUAACUAUUAAUAUAAAUAGGUUGUUGAAAAUCUAUUAUUAUCACCUAGAGGUAGUUUAGUGUGUUUAGAUAAUGAAUAAAGAGUGGUUUCUAUUUUUGAAAUCUCUGAUCUAUUCAAAAUCUUUGUUAUAGAUAAUUAGAAUUUCGAAAAUUCUGGAUAAUGA